AAACGUAGAAAAAACCGUUAUAUCUAUGGAAACAUAGCAAAUGCCUCUAUUAGCGAUUGUGUACUUUAACGGAUAAUACGUUGUACGGAACAUAAUUUUAAUUGUCUAGUAAUUUGCGUUUUCGCACUUUACACGUGCAAGGUUUUCUUUGCUCUGAUUAAUGUUUUUAUGAACUGCGGACAAAAAGUGCAUUUCAAAUCAUUAUCAGUUACCUUAGAUUGUAAAAAUGUUUGUGCUUUCUCCUUGUGUUGGUGUUAAAAGUAAUUAUUUCACUAAGCAAAUGUUUGUAAAGUCACGGUUUUUCUUCAGAACAUAUACAUCGAAAAGAAUUACGACAGAUGAAAAAGAACUUAAAAAUUUCACAGCUCUUGCCAAGGAGUGGUGGGAUCCAAAUGGAAGUUUAAGAGGUCUGCAAACUUUCAAUAAAUGUAGAAUACCAUGGAUGAAAAAUCGAUUAAUUGCUGUUGGUGUUAUCAAACCAGAUGUAGAUGAAACUUGUUGUUUUCAGGAACUUUCAUUUUUGGAAGUAGGCUGUGGUGGUGGAAUAUUGUCCGAAGAUUUAUGUCGUCUAGGUUGCCAAGUAACGGGGUUAGACGCAAACAAAACGCUGAUUAACAUUGCAAAAAACCAUGCACAUAUAGGCCAAUUAACGAAUUUAUCAUACGUGCAUGGAACGAUCCAAGACUACGCCACUCAAAGCAGAGAACGAUACGAUGUCGUAGUAAGUUCUGAAACCAUUGAACAUGUGUCUGAAAAGGAAGAAUUUGUGAAGUUUUGUGUGCAAUGCCUUAAACCUGGAGGAUCUAUAUUUAUGACAACACCCAAUAAAACAUGGCUGUCGAGAUUUUUUUGGACCUUUAUAAUGGAAGAUUGUUUUCGCAUUUUGCCCAAGGGCACACAUUCGUACGACAUGUUUAUUCAUUAUAAUGACUUGAAACAGUUAAUGAGCAGUGAAAACUGUGAUACUGUUUUUAUUGGUGGCUUACUCCACAGUCCAGUGACACUUAAUUGGUAUUUGGUCAAAAAUAAAAGUAUAUCGUAUGCUAUUCAUGCAGUAAAAAGAAGCUAA